CUUGGAGAGGCACGUGAUCAUACAAAGAUCUGACUUAUCUGCUUUUGACAACUGAGUUCGCAGGUCCUCACCCCCGCACUGCUACCUGUGCGAUUGUGCAUGUGUACUUCAUGCUAUUUUCAUUUGUCCCGUAGCCUUGAGCUACUUACUUAUUCAAGUUUUCGGCAAACAGGACAUGAAAGGUUUGUUACAUCUACACUCAUUUCACCCGUACUUUGACCACUUUUUCGCAUCCUCGCGAUGAACACCCCGACUUUUACUACUACUCUGCACCAAAACAUGGAGCUGACCACCGAAACCGGUGCUUUGAUUGCUUUCGUUUGCAUUGCCAUAACUUGGCUGGUUUUUCCCUUUCUGCAGGAGCAGAAAAGCCAGGAGGUGCGAGAAGUCGGCCACCGAACCGCGUUGCACGAUUUGAGACAUGGUACUUCUGCAAAUCCAGCCGCAAAUAACCGCUCACCUUUGGACCGAGGGAAGCAAGACCCGGUGGAUCAUGCAGAUCAUGGCGAAGAAGUUGUCGGCGGCAGCGUGUUUAAGCAGAAUCAGGACGGUGUGAGGGGAAAUUCGGGAUCUUCUACACAGUCGACGCUUAGUACCUCGUCCUCGGCGUCCACGCGAAGAAAGAAGCCGUCCAGUAGUCGCAACAGGACGGCGAGUCACGGCACCGAUCAUUAUAGCCAUCUCGACCAGCACGAAGAAGAUCCCUUCCUCAACCUCGGCCCGUAUUUCCAAUCCCUUGACUACUUUGGCUGGUGCUGCGUUUUGUCCUUCCUCGACGCCAAGUCGCUGUGCAACCUGGAGCUGACUGCGAAGGCGGUGAAAAACCUGCCUGGGCUAUUUCACGAGGCGGUGUUUGAAACGGCCUGGCGGGUCUGCUACAUUCAACCGUACCAAAGCCGCAACAUCACGCUUGCAGCCCUGCCUAAAAGCGUGCGGGACGUGGCGCAGAAUGGACUAUACACGAACGGACAGGAUGUAAUACUUGCUGAAGAAGCGGAGUCCAGUAUUGUACCCGUACCCGCACGACAGAGUGGACCACUACUAAAGCAGGGAUCUGAGGAUACCUACUAUAUUGUUGAGCAACAGGAGGAUGUCGAGCCCGCCGCGGUGAAGCUGUCUCCUUUAGGGCAGCUUCCGGACGAGGCCACUUCCGCAGACGAUGACUUUGUCGGAACUUCCUCGGAGCCAGCUAUUGCUAAAAGAAACACCGGACGUCGAGAUGAAUCAAUACCCCCUGGUGCUCCGAACAUGAUACAUGUAGUAGAGCAGCAAGACCUUCGAGCCCGGCGUUCCCGGCAGUUGGUUUUCAAAAAAUCCUUCGAGCGGCGGACCACCUGGAAGAAGCGCGCCUGCCAGCGGGUGGCGGCGCUGGAGCAUACCAAGUUCGAUAUCCAUGCCCGCUUGGCCCACUUCCACGAUUGGGUGACGAAAAUUGACAUUCCGAAGGUCACCGAUAUUCCAGUACAGCAACUUCUACAGCAGCACAAAGUUGUUCCCUACCUCUCGGAUGCCACCAACCUGUCCUUCCACAUUGCGGCGCGAAUUCGCGAAAUCCAGUCCGUCGAACGGCUGCAGACGCUGAUGCGCAAAGGGUCGCAGAGCUUCGGCGUUGACUACCAGGUGCCGGUGCAAGACAACGAGGGUUUUCUGAUCGGCAUGACGUUAGUGCUAGUCUCCGCCGCGGUCGUGUUUGGAUUGUCCGGAAACAGCCAGCCGUUUGUGGUCUGCGGGAGGCGCACGAAGCGUAUGACUGUGGCGGAGAUCCACGACGCGCAAGUGCAAAGGAACAAUCAGCAGUUCUUCGCCAGAAACAACAACCCGAAUCUGAAUCAGGAAGACGAGGUGUUUGGCCACACGACCUUCCAGGCCUGGCACAUCCCCAUCGUGCCGGCGAACUGGCACGUGCUAGUGGAGCAGGUGCUGAAGUGCACGGACGCCGUCGAAAGCCAGUCGUUAUCCCAACUACUUUUCUCGCCCGGGUUGCUCUAUCAUGUGGAACACGGGCUGCGUGCGGGCGGCGAGCUGCAGCCGAAUGGUGUUGGUGCUCCACGACCCGGGUUGAUGAAUCCAGAGGAGGGUCGGGACAGGGUUGACAAAUAUUGGGUCCGCGAGUGCUUCCCGCAGCGGCUCAACAGCUGCCUGCAAGCGACAGGGUUGAAGUUUGACGAUAUUGUUCGUGGUAGUUCUAUGGCGGAACAAACGGCCGGGGGCGUGGUGGGGGAUGCGUCGGCGGGGUUGGUGAGUGAAGAACUUGGUCACAGCCACCAGUUGAAAGACGGAACAAAAGCACUUGGGAAUAAAGAAAAUCAAUCGGUCUGUGACAAGACACUUGCAUUGAAAUUCUUCAUGCACUUUGUACACCAUGACCUAGAGGAACACAAUCUAGGACAGAAAAUAACAUUUGAACGCUGAAGAUGUUGCCACUCACGAGUGGACGCGAGACCUGGUCGUUGCCCCGCCGCACUGUAGGUGGUUGACGAGAGGGACUGUAACAAUUACGUAUCGAAGCAAAAGCAGAGUACCAGAGUGCGUUCUUAAAUGCCUAUACGCGUAAUAUGGGG